AUGGCCCACAGCAUUACCGGCCUAUCACGCUGUAUAAAGGAGAUUCCUGGUGCUGUGGGGAAUAAGCUUGCUUUUGUGCUACUGAGGGAGGCGUAUUAUUUUGUUGGAGAGGGGGCUGUUUCAGCAGAGGAUUUAGAUUCUCUUGUUUCGGCUAGUUUGGGGCCGCGGUGGGCUGGCAGUGGUGCAUUUGAGAGUUUUCAAGCUGGUGGUGGGGAGGGUGGAAAUUAG